AUGCUCAAAACGGUACAACCACGGCUAAAAGAACGAAAAAAAAUGUCGCUAUUUACACUCCUGCUUGCCAUUUGUUUAUGUGGCUUGAUUUAUGCCAUGCCACAUGUCAAUGCCACGGCUAGUCAAUGCACCAGACCAUUUAACACAUACAGUUCAAGUGCCAAGAGAAGUACAGCUGCAGCAGUUGCUCUUUCUAAAACAUUCGAUUUUUCACAAGAUAUUUUAGCUGCACAAACAGCUGUCAACCAAGAAUCUGAUGUUUCGACAUUGGCAGCUACAAGCUUAUUUUCCUUCGGUAAGCUUUCUGCAAAAGCCAAACAAAAUGUGAAAAUGGCACCAAAACAUUUCACUGGUAAAACUGGACCAUUAUUCGCCAAGAUUCAGAAUCGUAUAAUGGAAUUCACUGGAUUGGACGAAACUGCAUGUGUUGCAUGUCGAUUGAAUUGUCUAGAUGCCAUUCCUACCUUUGGAACUAUCUUUAGCGAAUGUGAAAAUCAAUUCUAUUAUUAUGGAUGUCAAAAAGUAGCUCCAUGUCAUUCCAUGUCAGAUGGCAAUGUCGUAUUGGAAACUGCUGUUGGUAUUUGUUUGGAAAGAAAUAAGUGUAAAUUGGUAGAUUCAUUGGUAGAUUUGCAAAAUACUAGAAGAAGAAUUGGAUUUGCUAGGAGACGAAUGGUUUCGCCAACAAUAGACGAAAUUAAGAAGGGAGUUGUUUCAAGAGUUGGACAAUAUAUUGAUAAUUAUAAUAGAAAACCAUUUUCUUUUGGUAAAAAGAGAGGUUUGUUUGGAGGUAGAGGUAGAAAUUAAAUCUUGUUGAGAUUCUAAUAAAGUUUAGUUUUUUCU